AAUUGUGUUUUUUCGUGACGGAUUCUGGAACGAUUUGAUUGAUUGUAUAAUAAAAAAAUCGAGCGCAGUUCUCAAAAAUGUUUGCCAGAACCGCUAGAAACAGUAACGCAAUGAGACUUAUUCCUAGAUAUUUUAGUGAAGGAUCUAGUCAAAGUUCCUCGUCAUCUCCUGCAUCGGCAUCAGCUCGCGAAGUAAACGCAAAUGUUGCAGGCCUCAGUCAAAACUGCAUUGCUCCAGCAUCACAACCAGUAGGACCUGGAGUCGAUCCGAAAAAGUCAGGACCGUACAAGGUCCCCGAAUACUACUUGUACAACAACAUGAGCUACUUCGAGGCUGAAAUCGAGAUGUCGAAGUACCGCUGCCCCCAACCAUCUGCUCUCAGAAAGUGAAACUCCGCAACCAUAAUAUGUAAAAUCUCUAGUUUCUUGUUAAUAAAUUAUUGUUGUAGAUAA